UCUUUACCAAUGAUGUUGCUAAAACAUUGUCAUUAUGUUCUAAGCUUCUGAAAGAAACAAGUUUCACUUGUUAGGUACAUAUCACCUAGGUAGAUUGGUCCUAGGAUUAAACAAUAAUUUUACACAGUAAUUAUAAGAUAUAGUUUUGCACACAGUAUAUAUAUGAUACAUGAAUUUUUGAGUCCCACCCAACUUUAAAUGCUAUUUCUUGUCUUUGCAAUAAUAAUAAAAUCCAAUGAAGGCAACAUUGAGAUACUUAGCAGGAAUUGCAGGGCCUAGUGGUUUUGGCUCAAAUUCAACUGCUGAACAUGUUACUCAAAACUGCUCUCAGUUUCUUCCUUCCAAUCUAACUGCUCUCAUCACUGGUGGCACUUCUGGUAUUGGAGCUGAAACAGCUAGAGUGUUAUCAAAAAGAGGAGUGAGAGUUGUGAUUGGUGCAAGAGAUUUGAAGAAAGGAAGAGAAGUGAGAGAGAGUAUUCAAAAAGAGAGUCCAAAUGCUGAGGUUAUUCUGUUGGAGAUUGAUCUUAGCUCUUUUUGUUCUGUACAAAGAUUUUGUUCUGAGUUUUUAGCUUUAAAUCUUCCACUUAAUAUUCUAAUAAACAAUGCUGGCAUAUUCUCUCAAGAUUUGGAAUUCUCUGAAGACAAAAUUGAGAUGACAUUUGCUACAAAUUACUUAGGACAUUUUUUGUUAACAGAAAUCUUACUAGACAAAAUGAUUGAAACAGCAGAAAAAACAAGUUUUGAAGGAAGAAUAAUAAACGUUUCUUCUGUCAUACAUAGCUGGGUGAAGAGAAAUGGUUUUUGUUUCACACACAUACUCAAUGGAAAAAAGUACAACUAUAAUGGAACUCGAGCUUACGCGCAAUCGAAAUUGGCGAAUAUUUUGCAUGCCAAAGAAAUAGCCAGACAACUCAAGGCAAGGAAUGCAAGAGUGACUAUGAAUGCAGUUCACCCUGGUAUUGUGAAGACAAGAAUUAUUAACAAGGGCUUAAUAACAGAUUCCUUAUUUUUCAUUGCAUCAAAGUUGCUGAAAUCUACACCACAGGGUGCAUCAACAACAUGUUAUGUGGCUUUGAGUCCAAAAAUAGAAGGGGUGAGUGGAAGAUACUUUACAGAUUGUAAUGAGAGUAAGUGUUCUCGCUUAGCGAACGAUGAAUUAGAAGCUCAGAAGUUAUGGAACAAUACUCAUGCAUUGCUUCAAAAACGGCUGCAUCAAGCGACAAUUUGAAGUACUUUUUCAUAUGUAUAGUUGGCCACAUUGGUUUUGUUGUACAAAUAAGAGAUCAACAUGUAUAAAUAAAGCAUAUAAGCAUUACUAUAAUAAAGUGAUUGGUGGUUAUUCUCUAUGAAGCAAAUAUGAGAGCCAAUUGUAAUCAAUUUCUAUUACUAUUAGCAUAUAUACAAGUCUCAACUGAUAUGGACAUGCCAACAUUUUUGUUGUUGUUGGUAAAAGCAUAUAAAUGACAUAUUGUUCAUGUGUGGAUUUAGGUGAUAGAUUAUCUUAGCUGGUGAUGGGGUCUUCACAUUAUUGGUUGUACUGCUGCGUUCUUUUCACAUACUCUUUGAAGCCUUGUUUGUUUGGAUGAAGGGAAUGUACUUGCAAAAGAUACUCUAUACUAAAGUAAAACAAGGUGUUACGAGGUAGAAAGUAAGCUAAUUGAUUACUGGAUUAUACCUGAA